AUGAGAGGAACCGAUUCUUCUCGUGGGCUGAGCAGCCCCGGCUCCACAGACGGUGUUGCUUCUCCCAAUGGAUCGCCGGAUACGAAGCUCACUGCAUUCUCCCCAGAGGAUGUGCGUUCGAAAACACUCUCUGAAUCGAGUGCCUGUGGUCCACUGGAUGAUUGGACCGGCUUCAAACAGUUCUUCUCGAAUGCCUGUUCGGACCCAUUUCUUGUCUCAGCAAAUGUGUCUACUCGGCCCCAGCUUUCGCCAACCGCUGCGAGUUUCACUCCCAUUGGACUGACAGACUCUGCGAGUGCGAACCGAGCUCACUUUAUGACCAAGGAUGUAUCACCCAGCAACAUCAGUCUCCUGACAGCCGACUCCAAGGCUGACUCUGGAAGCAACUCCAAGGUCAGCCGCCCGGAGCGGUCCCUACCGAAGUAUGGUGCCAUUGGGAGUGAUAGAAUAUAUAGAGAUUGCGGUGUUCAGGCCAGGAAGGCUGCCGAGCAGGAGGGAAAUACACGUGCUUUGCUUAUUGAGAAUGUUCCCAAUAAUCUAACUUAUAUGUCUCUGGCUGGCUUUUUCAACCGCCGCGAAUUUACCUCUCUCAAAGGUCCUAUACUUUCAGAACUGAGCUCUAAAGGCAAUGUAUAUGUCUCCUUUACCGAUUGCCGCGAAGCCAAGAAGGCAAUUGAGAAAGUCCGCCUUCUUCGACCAGAAUGGAGAGUCUUUCCGCUAACUCCCAGAGAGUACGUGCAACAUCUGGAUCCAGCAUUGCUUCCUCAAACUUCCAACUAUGAAGGUCAACUGCUCGCUACUGUCUACUAUGACAGCCGCAAUCCAGGUCUGAAUCAACAUACUGUAGCCCGAUCAUUGGAGACACUCGCUAUGACCUUUGGGGACAUCCAGGCCUUCACUCCUUUACUCUCGAGCCAAGAAAACAUCUCUGAGUUUCACAUUGAGUACUUCAAUACCCGUGACGCCGAAAAUGUCAUGACAACUCUCAAUGGAACGUCUGUGGAUGAUUGCGUUGUUGAAGUUUCAUUCUUCAAGCCGGACGUGGAAAGUGAAGCAUAUCCCUCUCCCCAGAGUCCAUGCUCUUUGAAGAAAUCCCCUUCCUGCUUGAACGCUUCUUAUCAGAAAGACGCCUCGUGGUCCUCGCCUCGGCAUAGCCGUGCUCCUUACAUGGAGCUUAGCCCAACAGGCCGAUCCACAAUUCCUCCUGGAGAACAUGCUGGAUUAAUGGACUGGAUGACAAGAGCGGGGGAAAGUAUUCUACCUUCUCCCCGUCGCGAGAUCGCCCGCUGCCCAGAUUUACGCUUAACGAAUCAAAAUGCCGUUGAUGUCGAGCGUAUCCGCCUCGGGUUGGAUGUCCGCACCACCAUCAUGCUCCGAAACAUUCCCAACAAGAUUGACCAGACCAUGCUCAAAGCCAUCGUUGACGAGACAAGCCACGGGAAAUAUGACUUUAUGUACCUGCGUAUUGUGUUGGCUAUGCUUUCAUCAACUUCGAAGAUAGUAUACACUUACGUUAUUCAAAGUUUGUCAAAGCACGAGCAGGGCGCACAUGGAACUGCUUCAACAGCGAUAAGGUCGCAGAAGUGUCAUACGCAAGGUAAGGACUGUCUGGUACAAAAGUUCCGCAAUAGUUCAGUGAUGCUUGAACACCCUUCGUUCCGCCCAAAGAUCUUUCAUACUGGCACUGGGCCUCUCGCUGGAAAGGAGGACCGUUUCCCCGGACCUGAUAACCCAUCAAAGAUGCGCCGCAGCAUCGAGAAUGCAGAACACGUCGGUUUGUUUGCGCCACGAGUCGGGCAGCAGUAUCGAGAUGAGCAGCGUCGCCGCCGCUCUCAAUUCGAUCGGGGGACCACUGCGGCUGAAAGGGAAAUAGUGUACGUUCGGUCCCUCGCUCCCAGGCGUCCCUUCAGUGCUGUGGGCAAUGGCCUGAAAAGCGCUCCUUGCACCUACCCUGGGAUGAAAAUGUGGUACGACUCUUCCGUCUCCGACCAUGGUCCUAAAACUUCUUAA